CACAGCUGUGACAGGAGCGACUCCCUGCUGGCGCUAGGCCCCCUCACCCAACCCUCACUUCAUCGCCCGAGCCCUCCAGUGCCCAGCCCCAGCCAGACCUCAGCGGCCACUCUUCCCUGCCCUCGACGGGACCUGGCUGAGCUUGCCCAUCGCCGCGCUCCGCGCUCCACCCGCACGAGAAGGGGCACGCCUUACGUCCCCAACCCAGGGGAGACCAUCCUGCACCUGGUGACGACAGAGGAAGGGUGCCACUGGGUCCUCUAAUCUACCACCCCUAAGACGGGCUCGCGCUGCUCUUACAGGGAAGGGACCCCUGCUCCCCAGGAAGGAGGGGGGAGGUGCGCCCCGCAGCCGGCCGGCGCGCGCCCGCGCUCCUCCACCGCAGCCCUCCCGCGCGGCGGCGUCAGGCAGGGGCGGGGUGGGGCGCGGUUAAAAGAAGCCGCAGGUGGGAACGGGGCUCCACCCGCACAGUCCCGGUUCCCGCCGCGAGCCGCCGGCGCCCGAGCCAGCCUGAGCACCCGGCUGCAGCCGAGGGCGCCGCCGCGAGCCCGGAGCCGGAGCCCACCGAGCAGGUGCUACCAUCAUCUCACUGCCACCCAUAAACAGAGCGGUGUGGAGAGCCGCCUCGCUACGCUGCUGACUUCUAGAGGGUCAGGAGGAGACGAAGAGGAGAAGCCAGAAGUCCUCGCAGGGGACCUCGCCUUGGCACUGGAGCUGGAAUCUGUGGGAGUCCCUGGGAACGAGACUCAGGAGUAACCCUGCAGGAUGGACUGGGGAACCCUGCACACGGUCAUCGGGGGCGUGAACAAGCACUCCACCAGCAUCGGGAAGGUGUGGAUCACCGUCAUCUUUAUCUUCCGCGUCAUGAUCCUCGUGGUGGCCGCGCAGGAGGUGUGGGGCGACGAGCAGGAGGACUUUGUCUGCAACACCCUGCAGCCGGGUUGCAAGAACGUGUGCUACGAUCACUUCUUCCCCGUCUCCCACAUCCGGCUCUGGGCGCUGCAGCUGAUCUUCGUGUCCACGCCGGCCCUGCUGGUGGCCAUGCACGUCGCCUACUACAGACACGAAACGGCGCGCAAGUUUAUCCGUGGGGAGAAGAGGAACGAGUUUAAGGACCUGGAGGACAUCAAGCGGCAGAAGGUGCGCAUCGAGGGGUCCCUGUGGUGGACCUACACCAGCAGCAUCUUCUUCCGGAUCAUCUUCGAGGCCGCCUUCAUGUACGUGUUCUACUUCCUCUACAACGGAUACCACCUGCCCUGGGUCCUGAAAUGCGGCAUCGAACCCUGCCCCAACCUUGUGGACUGCUUUAUUUCCAGGCCGACCGAGAAAACGGUGUUCACCGUUUUCAUGAUUUCCGCCUCUGUGAUUUGCAUGCUGCUGAACGUGGCGGAGCUGUGCUACCUGCUGCUGAAACUGUGUUUUAGGAGAUCCAAAAGAGCCCAGGCGCAGAGAAGCCACCCCAACCACGCCGUGAAAGAGAGCAAGCAGAACGAAAUGAACGAGCUGAUCUCAGACAGUGGUCAAAAUGCCAUCACAAGUUUCCCAAGUUAAGCAUUCCAAGGUCAAGUGUAGGCCAGCGGAGUGCCCCCUCUGUAGGCAGCACGGAUCUGACAGCUCCCUCUCUAGGUCAAGGAUUUGUCUAUAACGACUCAUAGCAGAUAGAUCUUGAGUUCGAUUGUUGUAGAACACCUGAAUGAUUCACACACAACCUAAGUCAACAUUUCCAUCUCUGAAAACAAAGUCUUGGUGACAAAUGAACCUUGAAGUCACCUUGACAAGCCCUGUGAGGGCUCUCUGACUUAGUAUUUCCUGAAAUUUUAUAUAACUUGUUUAUAAAGAGCCAUUUAUCUAGAAAGCAAUAGUUUUAUCGGUAAGAUAUUUUUAUAGGAAUGAAUAUUUUAGUUCUGACUCUGAAUUUAUACAAAGUAUUUUUUUAAUGACUGGGCCUUCCUUACCUGGAAUAAACACACAAAGCUAGCUUUACAUGGGCAGCCCACAUAUCUGAAGUUUGAACUCGUAAAGGGUCUGGCGUGUUAUAACUAUUGUUUAACCCUGUCUGGGGACCCUUUGUGAGCGAGUGUGUGCCCUUAAGGUGGGAUGUGUGCAUUAGACAAUAUGUGUUGCCGAUUGCUAAACACAGAUGGAAUCGAAGGAAAUGAGACACUUUUUAAAACAGCCUUUUCCACCAGCCGUGAGCAGUGCGAACGUGAAUGUGAUCACUCCAAUAAAGCCUCACCCUGUUGCUUCA